CAGCAGUCAAUAUGGUGAAUGACCUGAAUAGUUUCCCGUCUGUUUCCCGUCGUGUGAACGCCUAAUGUUGCUGUCAAAGAAUAAGACAGCAGGAUUCAAAUCAUCCAAGGAGUGUAGCAAGCCCACUGACAAGCGGGAGGCAAGAAGUGCUGUGCGUUACAAAUGUGGCCCACUUGGCACCAUACAGGAUGUCUUGAGACAAAGACCAGGAUGGAUUGAAGAUGAUGAAGAAUGGGACUUCCAUUGGUGCGAUGUGGGCUGGCUGAGGGAGAAUUUUGAUCAUUCAUUCAUGGAGGACCACGUACGGGUAAACCACUUUCCCAACAAUUAUGAGUUGACUCGUAAAGACUUCAUGCUGAAAAAUUUGAAAAGAUUCAAGAAGCAACUUGAAAGGGAGGCCAGCUACAUCGAUGGCUCCAAAUGUGAUUUCUUCCCCUGCACCUUUGCACUGCCAAAUGAGUAUCAUCUCUUUGUCGAAGAGUUCAAAAGAAACCCUGGCAGCACCUGGAUCAUGAAACCGGCAGCAAGAUCUCAAGGGGCAGGCAUCUUCCUUUUUAAAAAACUGAAAGACAUCAUGGAUUGGAGGAAGCAUGAUGGCAUCCGCUCGGAGGAGCAAAAAGAAGUGAUUCAAGUGGAAAGCUAUGUGGUGCAGCGUUACAUUGAGAACCCAUACCUGCUCGGUGGCCGGAAGUUUGAUCUGCGGGUCUAUGUGAUGGUCACAUCGUAUUUUCCCUUGAAGGCAUGGCUAUAUCGAGAAGGCUUUGCUCGGCUCUCAAGCACACGCUUUUCCCUUCAGAGCAUUGAUGACAAGUAUGUUCAUCUCACUAAUGUGUCUGUUCAAAAAACAGCACCUGACUAUGAUCCUGAGAAGGGUUGUAAAUGGAAAAUACAGAAGCUGCGUAGAUACCUGACUGCAAAGCACGGAAGGCAGGUGGUGGAAACUCUGUUCAAAGAGAUGGAUAACAUAUUCAUUAGGAGCCUCCAGAGUGUACAAAAGAUCAUUAUAAAUGACAAACACUGCUUUGAGCUCUACGGCUAUGACAUUAUGUUGGAUGACAACCUCAAACCGUGGUUAAUUGAAGUAAAUGCCUCUCCGUCACUUACAGCCAGUAGUCAAGAGGAUUUUGAGAUGAAAUACAGAUUGCUGGACGACACUGUGACUAUCGUUGACAUGGAAGCAAGGUUGACUGGGAAGGAGACAAGGGUGGGUGGAUAUGAACUCAUGUGGAAUGACGGGCCUGUCUUUAGAGAGGACGUCAAUCCAGAAAUAUAUGAGAGUUCGUAUUUAAAGACCAACACAUACUUGGGUAUUUAUACCACUGACAGUGUUAAUAAUGUGGUUACGUUUUUAAAUCCUGGGUCAUGUUCUUUUUGCAGGAUGUGGAAAUAACUGGGAAUACCGGAAGGUCCCGAAAGUUUGAGAUGCCGUUUCACUAAAUAACUUUGUAUGACAGAAUGGGGGCUUGGGUGUCAUCCAUGUCUGCAAGUAGCUUUCCACGUGCAACAUUUGUGACCAUGUGAUGAGUGCCUUCGGAUAAUUUGAUGCGCUGGAAAUGAUCAUCCAAUUGCUACCAAAAUGAUUUGAGAUCAUCACAUGUGCUUCAACUUCUCCAACUCAAGAAACCCGGAUUUCAGCCAAAUGUGUGUGAAUAAAUUGAGACAUCAUGAUGGAUUUAGUUUUGUACACUUUUUCUGACAUGUUUGUUUGAUGGUGUGUCAGAUUCUUCUUGUAUGUGCCUUGGUUCCAUAAAGGUUGCAAAUACUGA